AUGGAGAGCUCCAUCACUCGGAUUGUACUGGAUGAAGCCCAUCAACUCAUAACAGACUCUAACUUCCGUAGCAACUUUCUGAGGCUGAGUGAACUUGCAGCAUAUCCUGUGCAGAAGAUCCACCUCAGUGCAACAAUCCCUGCAUAUAUGGAGAAGCGCUACUUGGAAAUUGCAGCUCUGCCCAACUCUACACCCAUUCUCCGUGCUCCAACGUAUCGUGCAAACUUGUCAUACAGUCUCUUCGCAGUCAACCCCCGUGUCCGUAGCCAGGCUCGGCUCAUUGUGGAUGUUGCUGCGUACAUGCAAGCCAACUACUGGGAUGACAAGUGCAGGGGUAUCAUUUUCUGCCCCUCUGUGGAACGUGCCAAAGAACUGGGACGCCACUUCAACAACUGUAUUUCUCACAGCGAUAAGACAUCCUUGUCUGACAUGCAACGGUUCUUGAAUGAAGAAGCAUGGUUCAAGGGCACUAUGCCUUGGAUCGUAGCAACAACAACCUUAAUCCAUGGGAUAGAUUGUCCCAGGGUGAAGGUAGUUAUGUAUGAUAGGGUUAGGGAGGCACUCGACGACGAGCGCAGCGAGUCGGAGAGUGACUAG